AUGCGCACGCGCGACGGGCGGUCGAGGCAGUUUGGCUUUGUGGGGUUGCGAUCAGAGGAGGAGGCAGCAGCGGCGAUCGCCUACUUCAAUCGCUCCUUCAUGGACACCUUCCGCCUCACCUGUGAGUUCGCGAUGCCCAUUGGUCACACGGCGUUGCCCCGCGCGUGGAGCAAGCACACGCAGGCCAAGGAGACCAAGGGCGAGGAGAAGUCGGGCGAACAGGGAGCAGCAGCAGCGGAAGGGGGGAAGCAAGCCGGGAAGAAGGCAGGGGAUGGAGGGGAGGAUGGGGCAGGAGCGGAGGGUGUGGGAGGGGAGAAAGGGAUGAAGAAGAAGGCAGGGAGGGUGGUGGGAGGGGUGGCUGUGAAGCAGGCAGCGCAGGAGGAUGAAGGGUUUAGGGAGUUUCUAGAGGUGAUGGAAAGAGGUAGGAAGAAGAAGGUUUGGGCGAAUGAUACUGCGGAUGGGGAUGGGGAUGGGGGGGCAGGAGGGGGAGUGGGGAAGGGGAGGGGCGGUGGGAGUGUGAGUGGGGGGGUGGGAGAGGUGGGGAGGGGAGGGAGGAAGAGUGGGGAGGUGGAGGAAGGGGAGGAGAGUGAUGAUGAGUUGUAUGGUGAUGUGAUCGUGGAAGAGGAUGGGAGUGAGGAGGAAGGGGAAGAGAGAGGGGGGGGAGAUGGGGAGGAGGGGGAUGGGAGUGAGGGGGAGGAGGGGGAGGAGGGGGAGGAAGGGGAGGAAAGGGAGGAGGAGGGUUUGAGUAAUCUGGAUUAUCUCAAGAAAAGGGUUGCUUCGAAUUGGAGUGAUGAGGACGAUGACGAUGAGGAGGAAGAGGCAAAGGAGGGAAAGAAGGAAAAGGAAAGAAGGAGGGUGGGGACUGAGGAAGAGAGUGAGGGAGAGGAGGAGGACGGAGACGUGGAGGAGGGGGAGGAAGGGGAAAAAGAAGAGGGGGAGGAAGAGGAUGAAGGGGAGGAGAAUGAGGACGAAAAGGAAGAAGGGGAAGAAGAGGACGAAGAGGGAGAGCAAGGGGAUGGCGACAUGGAUGGUGUGGUGGAUGGGGCAGCAGCGGAGGAGGGAGGGGGAGCUGUGGUGGAUGGGGGAGCAGCAGAGGAUGUGAGGGAGACGGGUCGGCUCUUCAUCCGCAACCUCUGCUACUCCGCCUCAGAGGAUGACCUGCGCGCUCUCCUCGCCCCCUUCGGCUCGUUAGCAGAAGUCCAUCUGGUGGUGGAUCGGCACACCAAGCUCUCCAAGGGCUUUGCCUAUGCGCUCUUCACCGUGCCUGAGGAUGCUGUCAGUGCCAUGAAGGCCCUCGACUCCUCCAUCUUCCAGGGUCGCCUGCUGCAUGUGCUGCCAGCGCACAGGCCACCACCCAAGAAGGACGAGGACGCGAAUCUGCAGGCGAAAACGUUGAAGGAGAGGAGGGAGGAGGAGAGGAAGAAGCGCGAGGCAGGAGGGGACACCCGCGCCUGGAGCUCCUUCUACAUGCGACCAGAUACGGUAGCUGAAGCUGUAGCCCUGAGAUAUGGGGUCGCAAAAAGAGACCUGCUCGACCCAUCAGCAAGUGACACAGCAGUGCGGCUGGCCCUAGGAGAGGCACACAUAGUGGCGGACACAAAACGGGCACUCCUAGACGCUGGCAUCGAUGUGGCUCUUAUGGAGCAAUUCGCCACCGCCGCCACCGCUGCUGCCGCCGCUGCCAAAGAAGCUGGGAAGAAGGAUGCCAAGGCGGAUGGCGGUGCUAGUGGUGGUGGUGGUGGUGGUGGUGGCAGUAGCUUGGCGCGCAGCAGGAGUGUGGUGCUGGUGAAGAAUCUGCCCUUCAAGGUGGAGGCGGGCGAGCUGGUGGGGCUGUUCCAGCGGUACGGACCGGUGGCGAGGUUUGUGCUGCCGCCCACCAACACUGUUGCACUGGUGGAGAUGGCAGACUCUGCUGAUGCCAAGAGGGCCUUCAAAGGAUUAGCUUAUAAAAGAUACCAGCACGUGCCGCUUUACCUAGAAUGGGCACCAGAAGGAAUCUUCCUAGAACCCGCAGCACUGUCAGACGCACAAGCUCAUGCAAACACAACAGCAGCUGCUGCAGCAGCGUCUAGGGAGGCGGGCGGGGGAGUAAGAGAGGGAGGAGCAAGGGAAGGGAAGGAGGGAGGUGGAGUGAAGAGUACAAAGAAGCAGGGAGCAGUGGGGCUUUUACCGGUGCUGAUGGAUGGGAAGGCAGCCAGGCGCAUGGCUGCUGAGGCGGAGAUGGUGGGAGGGACGGGAGAGAGAGACGGGGGAGGAGAGGGGGCCGAGGGGCAUGUGGUGGAAGGGGAGGAGGACGGGCAGCCCACGAGCCACAGUGUGUUUGUGAAGAACCUGAGCUUUGCCACAACAGAGGCGCAGCUGAAGGAGCACCUGGAGAAGCUUCUCAGAAGCAAGCACGCAGGGGCGGGUGGGGAGGGCCCAGCACUACGCAGCGUCACGAUCAAGAAGCGAGUGCGGAAUGGCAAGCAGCUGUCAAUGGGUUUUGGGUUCGCGGAGUUUGGCUCUGUGCUGUCUGCACACCGCGCCUGCAAGCUGCUUCAGCCAUUUGAGGCCACUAAAAGGGACAUUCAGCAGCUGUUUGCGCCGUUUGGGCAGUUCAAGAGCAUGUGGUUGCCGCACAAGUUUGAUGGGGGCCACAGGGGGUUUGCGUUUGUGGAGUUUGCCACAAAGAGGGAAGCAGAGAGUGUCUUUGAUGCGCUCAAGAGCACUCACCUCAUGAGGCUACCCCGCAAGUUUGACGGGGGGCACAGGGGUUUUGCGUUUGUGGAGUUUGCCACAAAGAGGGAAGCAGAGAGUGCCUUUGAUGCGCUCAAGAGCACUCACCUGUACGGCCGCCACCUUGUGCUUGAAAGGGCCAAGGAGGGCGAGGGGCUCGACGAGCUACGCGCCAAAACUGCCGCCCAGUUUCUGGACGGCGGGGCGGGCGGCGUGCGGCAGAAGAAACGCGCCAAGCUGGGGCAGGGCGUGGAUGACAGCGACGUGGCGUUUCGGGAAAUGCAGUUUGGGUGA